AUGUCGGGUAGCAAAAUUGAAGCACUUAAAAGUAAAUUAAUGUCUGCUACAAAAAUAAAAACACAAAAAGACUUUCAAGUUUUCAAACUUCGCAAUAAGGAACGAUCUUUAAUAGAAGAGCUCCAUUUGAUAAAAACUGAAACAACAUUUUUGAAAAAGCAAUUAGAGGAGUUAAAAGAUGCAUUAACACAAAUCAAUCAUCAGAUAUCCAUGAUCGACAUAUGCAAGGCGUCGGAAAUGGCUAAAAUAGAGACGCAAAUAAAAAAUUUGCAAGAUCACAAAAAGGGGUACCAGAUAAUCUUUGACAAAGAGCGCCAUCUAUUGGAGGAGUACAAUAAGAAACUAAAAGAAAAAGAUGCCGCAGAAGAAGAGACCAGGAAACAGAAAGAAGAAAAGAUAGCAGAGAAGAACGAGCAACAAGCUCGGGAAGCGGCCGCGGUGGAAGAGGAAUGUGAAGCAUUGGAGCGAGAAUGUACCGUCUUGAAAAAAAGAAAUACUGCUAUAAUGCUGAAGCUACGGCGAAAAUUGGUAGAAACUAAAAACAUCAGAAGAGAUCUUCUGAAAUGUAAAAGUCAAGAAAUAUGCUAA